UCCGGUGUUCCCCCCGCCCCCAUACAGCCAUGGCUGCCGCCGCCGUCGCCGCGGGCCCUGGUGCCCCCCUACCCCCGGACGAAUUGCUUCCGAAAGGCGAUGCGGAGAAGACUGAGGAGGAGCUGGAAGAGGACGAUGACGACGAGCUAGAUGAGACCCUGUCGGAGAGACUCUGGGGUCUGACGGAGAUGUUUCCGGAGAGGAUCCGCUCCGCGGCCGGAGCCACUUUUGAUCUCUCCCUCUUUGUGGCUCAAAAAAUGUACAGGUUUUCCAGAGCAGCCUUGUGGAUUGGGACGACUUCCUUCAUGAUCCUGGUUCUUCCUGUUGUCUUUGAGACAGAGAAGCUGCAAAUGGAGCAGCAGCAGCAACUGCAGCAGCGGCAGAUACUUCUAGGGCCGAACACAGGGCUGUCAGGAGGAAUGCCAGGGGCUCUACCUUCACUUCCUGGAAAGAUCUAGAUUGUUACUGCUAUGUUUGACUUGUCUUGGUGGGAGGAGUUUGAAAAUUCCAAGUGUUUGAACUGCCUUUUUUUUUUUUUAACUUUGGCACAUCAACCUAUCUUAACUUGGUUGGGAGAAUUUCCCCUCUCAUUGUCUCAUGGAGAGACUCCCAACUUGCAACAAUGCCCUCCAAGCUAUCCUGACUUAACUUCUGUCCUCACUCUGAUGAGUGCAACAGUGCAGAUGGUUUCUCCAACUCUGGCCAUCCGCCUUUCACCAAAUUACUCCUGACUAGAAGAUCUCCUCAGUAACUCAUUGUGGAGUAGGAACUGAUGCCAUUGAGGAUGAUGUACCCGACCAUUGUUUUGACGUGCACACUAUAUGAAAUACAAAAUGCAUUACAGCUAUAGUGUAAAAGCAGCCACUGUGAAUUUCUAUGUAUGUUGGAAAAGAGGGAGGGCUGGCAGCAGCUUCAACCACAGGAUGGGGACUGGAGGGCAGAGCAGGAGCUCAGUUCCUCUGCACAUUUUGGCUGUUAGACCCGUGUGAGUGUGUGUCUAAAUGAGAAAAAAAAAAAA